AAAAGAUUUUAAUGUAAAAUCAAUAUAUUGAUCCACAAUGUCGAUGUUGUUCCCAUCAUUUCAGUUGCUAGAGCUGAACAUAAUCUCAGCUCAAGAUUUGGCUCCUGUCGCUCGCAAAACAAAGACUUAUGCUGUCGCUUGGGUUCAUUCUGAGCGUAAACUUACCACCCGGGUCGACUAUAAUGGUGGAACGAACCCAACUUGGAACGACAAAUUCGUAUUCAGAGUUAACGAAGAAUUUCUUUACGCCGAUACUUCAGCUGUGGUUAUCGAAAUUUAUGCCUUGCAUUGGUUCCGAGAUAUUCAUGUAGGAACAGUUCGUGUCCUCAUCAGCAAUCUCAUUCCCCCUAAUCGUCGUCCAGGAUACAGAACCAGCAACAAUGAAUAUCGUCGCACCCCACCUCCAGGAAUGAGAUUUGUCGCGCUUCAGGUUCGUCGUACUUCAGGUCGACCUCAAGGGAUUUUGAACAUUGGUGUUGGAUUAAUUGAUGGUUCUAUGCGAAGUAUGCCGCUUUAUACGCAUAUGGAUUCAUCUGCUGUGGGAUAUAGAGAUUUGCUCGGAGAAGAAGAUCAUCACCUACAACAUUUGCAUUUAAAUAGCAACAAAGGCAGCUCAAAGAAUCCACAAUCUCCAUCUUCUCGACAGUACCAAUCCGUAAUCUCAAGACCUGAGCUCCGUCGUACAAAGAGUGAUACAAGUUCUAUGGUUGUUUCAGAUCUUCUUAGCAGAGCUGAACGAAGUCGUUUAGCUAACAGAAAACCGGCGAGUGCAUUAGUGAGCAGUGAAUCUGAAACUCUACCCACCACGACGGAUUCCGAUGAGAAAAAAUCGAAUGAGUACACACCUCCUAGUAAAAACCCUAAGGUUCCAAGGCAACGAUACAAUUCGAUUGAGUCAGAUCUUAUAGAUUCGUCGCCAAUGGAGAAACCUCAUGUGGUGGUGCCGAGAAAAGAGAGACACGAUGUUAUGCCGUAUAGUUCGUAUCAUCAAUCACGUAAGACACCGAGAAAGAAGACAAUGUACGAGAAACAAAGAUCAGUGAAAGAUUACGAUCGUGGCCGAGCUUCACCGUACUUAUCAAGGCACGGAACACCAUUGAGAUCGAACAUCAUUGCAUCUACUCCUAUGAGAUCUAACGGAGUUGGAUCAACUCCUAUGAGAUCCAACAUCAUCGCAAUGUCACCGAUGCAUCCCAACAUGGUUGGAUCGACACCAAUGAGAACUCCAAUGCGGUCCAACAUGGUUGGUUCGACUCCGAUGAGAUCAAACAUCGUCGGAUCUACCCCGAUCCGAUCAAACUAUAUGGCUACACCGAUGAGAACUCAUCACGAUUUUGGUACACCAGUAAGAAAUUUAGCUGGAAGACGAAUCUUAACUGAAUCGGAGUUAGGUCCAUCGCCUUCUGAAGUGGCUGACAAAUUGGCAAAAGAUAGAUCACACGAAACAGAAAGUUCAAUACUCAGCGAAUGGAGCAUCGAUGAAUCUAGCAUCGAAGGAUUGCGUUCAAAACUCGAGAGAUGGCGAACAGAGCUUCCACCGUUAUACGACAUAGGAUCAAGCCACAUAAGUAGCAGCAAUUACGAUGGUGCAAGUGUUCCCGCCGCAACUGCCGGGGGAGGAAUGAGUUCAAGACGGAAAACUCCUACGGCAAAAAAGCAUAACCGCCGUCAUACAGAUGGAGGUAAUGGACUUUUCUCGUGUUUUAGUAAGAUUUGUGGCGUGGAAUGCAGUUUCGUAUGCGGUGGUGGUGGUGGGCAAAUGGCUUCUGAAGGAUCUACCAAGAAAGAAUUGGAGGUGGGGAAGAGUAAUCUUCCGGCUGAGAGUGAGCUGGAAUUGGGGUUAGGGCUCAGCCUCGGCGGUGGCGCGUGGAAAGAGCGUGGGAGGAUUCUUACGGCUAAGGAUUUUCCUUCGGUUGGGUCUAAACGCUCUGCUGAGUCUUCCUCUCAUCAAGGAGCUUCUCCUCCUCGUUCAAGUCAAGUGGUGGGAUGGCCACCAAUUGGGUCACACAGGAUGAACAGUUUGGUUAAUAACCAAUCUAUGAAGGCAGCAAGAGCGGAAGAAGAAGACGGGGAGAAGAAAGUCGUGAAGAAUGAUGAGCUCAAAGAUGUGUCAAUGAAGGUGAAUGGGAAAGUUCAAGGCUUAGGGUUUGUUAAGGUGAAUAUGGAUGGAGUUGGUAUAGGCAGAAAAGUGGAUAUGAGAGCUCAUUCGUCUUACGAAAACUUGGCUCAGACGCUUGAGGAAAUGUUCUUCGGAAUGACAGGUACUACUUCUCGAGAAAAGGUUAAACCUUUAAGGCUAUUAGAUGGAUCAUCAGACUUUGUACUCACUUAUGAAGAUAAAGAAGGGGAUUGGAUGCUUGUGGGCGAUGUUCCAUGGAGAAUGUUUAUCAACUCGGUGAAAAGGCUUCGGAUCAUGGGAACCUCAGAAGCUAGUGGACUAGCUCCAAGACAUCAAGAACAGAAGGAUAGACAAAGAAACAAACCUGUUUAGCUUCCCUUCCAAAGCUGGCAUUGUUUAUGUUUUUUUUUUGAGGUUUGCAAGUUUACUCAAUACUUUUUGAAGAAAGUAUAACGGAGAAUGGAUAAAAGCAUGCAGAAGCUUAGAUUUGAUUUUAAUCCGGUUUUCGGAUAUGGUUUUUCUUAGGUCAUUUCAAUUCGUAGUUUUCCAGUUUGUUUCUUCUUUGGCUGUGUACCAAUUGUCUCUGUUCUGUGAGAGAAGGCUCUUUGUUUAUUUGUUCUCUCAUAAUGUAAAUAGUUGAAGUUAUCUAAUGUGAUAAGAGUUCUGUUUCUUGAUUACAAGGAAUGAAUGUUGUUCACUGUC